GAAGCUAUUUUAGCAAAACUCAAUCUUCAAACACCGAAAUUUGAUCUAAAUCUCUACAAAAUCGCGGAUUUCGGUUGUUCUGUUGGAUCCAAUACAUUUGAUGCCGUUCAAAACAUUGUAGAAACCGUAAAACUCAAACACCAACGAGAAAAAUCCAAAGGAAAGAAUCAGACACACCUCGAGUUCCAAAUUUUCUUCAACGAUCAAUCCAACAACGACUUCAAUACUCUCUUCAAAACCCUACCUCCGUAUUACCUUGACCAUCAAAUCUUUGCAUGCGGUGUUCCUGGUUCCUUCUACCGACGAUUAUUCCCGAAAAAAAGCCUUCACAUCGGGCACGCUUCUAACGCACUCGUUUGGCUCUCAACAACUCCAAAAGAUAUUUGUAACCGAAACACACAAGCUUGGAACAAAAACAACAUCCUUUGUACUAAUUUAGUUGACGAAGUGGAAAAGGCAUACAAGAAACAAUUCAAGAAGGAUAUGGGAGCUUUCAUUGAAGCUAGAGCUCAAGAGCUUCUCCCGGGAGGACUGAUGAUUAUCUUGGGACUAUGUUUGCCCGAUGGCGUACAGAUGAUCCGUACAUGGAAAGGUGUUUUCUAUGAUAUGAUCGGAGAUUGUCUGAUCGAUAUGGCCGAAUCGGUAAGAAAGUUUGGCACCGUUCUUUUAACUCAAUUAUGAUAUUAGAUUGGCCUAUCCGACCCAAUAUAUUAUUAUUAUUAU